UUAACAUUAAGUGCUAAGUAUGUAUCGACUGCUCUUUCGACACAUGUCCCAUCUCCUCCCCUGCCCAGUCCUCCCCUGCCCAGCCCUGCCCUGCCCUACCCCUGCCCAUUCCUUCACGCCGUAGUUGUUGAAUAAACUGUGGCACGCAACAGUUUGUUGCAAUUUAAGCUACAGCUGCCACCUGUCUAAGUCAGGCAGGAGGCGAGCAGCCUCCGCCUCGGGCAGGGCAAGCAUAGCCCGCAUAUAUUUGGGCAACGCACGAUGGGGAGCAGUUCGUUCGGCUCGGCUGUCGUCCUGGCGUGUAUAAAAGGAUGCGCCUCGUUCGCACGGCCAGCAGUUGCCACAGCGAAGCGGCGCGCGCCUCUCGAAUUUUGAAUGAAGCUCAGUUGAGGAAGAAAGUGCAAGUUUUUAUUUACAUAUAUGUAUUGAACGCGCAGAAAAACAAUUCACUUUCAAUUGAUUUUUUAAACAUAUAAUUUUAAAAGCUUCAAUAUGCCGGACUUAAAAUUUGUGUGGAUAUUACGAACAGUGUUGUAAAAGUCAAUUUUAAAAACACACACAAAUAAAUAAAAAUAAAUAAAAAAAUUAAUGGCAAGAGCAAUUGCUGUCCCAAGGUCAGUGCCACGCCCCCAGGCAAAGGAUGUGUCGGCCAGCAUGUAAACACUGAAGGGCAAAGUGCAAUAAUCGGAGUCCAGCUGACAAUACACGGAGUGCAAUAGAGCUUGUGUGCGACAGAGACAGAGCCAGAGCCAGAGCCAGAAAGAGAGAGUAAGUGAGAGAGAGAGAGAGAGAGAGAGAGAGAGAAAGGGAGGUAGUGAGAGGAGGAGCGAGAAAGAGUGGGUAUAUUGAGAGCCUUGGCUCUGGCACAGCCACAAACGCAACCUGUGGCAGUGCAGGGCAGAGUCCGGCUGGCCACGCUAGUACCGCGAUCGCCGUAUUCGGCCACAAUGCCCGUUCAGGCUCAGCCAGAUGUUCGCAGCAGUGGCAGCAUGGAGCGCACCAGAAACGACAGCAGCAUGGAGUUCGGACAGAAUGCAGCCGCGGCGAGCGUUGCAACGGCCACGCCGUGGGGCAACAAGGAGUCGCCCAACAACGAGGAUGACUCCAACGGCGAUGAGGACGGCGACAACACGACGCCCGCUAAGGUCACCGAUCCUCUGGCCCCACGACUAGCCAACAAUGAGCGCGUGUUGGUCGUGUCCGUGACGGAGCGACAUCGUGAAACUUGGGGCCAGAAGGCCGAGUUCCUUUUGGCCGUGAUCGGGUUCGCCGUUGACUUGGGCAACGUCUGGCGGUUUCCCUACAUUUGCUAUCAGAAUGGCGGCGGCGCCUUCCUGGUGCCAUAUUGCAUCUUCCUCAUCUUUGGCGGUCUGCCGCUGUUCUACAUGGAGCUGGCCUUGGGUCAGUUCCAUCGCUGCGGCUGCAUCAGCAUCUGGAAGCGCAUUUGUCCAGCAUUGAAGGGCGUUGGCUAUGCCAUUUGCCUGAUCGACAUCUAUAUGGGCAUGUACUACAACACGAUAAUCGGCUGGGCGGUGUACUACUUGUUCGCCUCGUUCACCGCCAAGUUGCCCUGGACGUCGUGCGACAACGCAUGGAACACCCAGAACUGUAUGCCCGUGACAAGCGAGAACUUCACGGAGUUGGCCACAUCACCGGCCAAGGAGUUUUUCGAGCGUCGAGUUCUGGAGAGCUACAAGAGCAACGGGCUGGACUUCAUGGGGCCCGUUAAGCCCACCUUGGCGCUUUGUGUGUUUGGAGUCUUCGUGCUCGUCUACUUCUCGCUCUGGAAAGGCGUACGCAGUGCCGGAAAGGUCGUCUGGGUCACGGCCCUGGCGCCCUACGUAGUACUCAUUAUCUUGUUGGUGCGCGGCGUGUCUCUGCCUGGCGCUGAUGAGGGCAUCAAGUAUUACCUGACUCCCGAGUGGCACAAGCUGAAGAACUCCAAGGUUUGGAUCGAUGCAGCCUCGCAAAUCUUCUUCUCCCUGGGUCCCGGUUUCGGCACCCUGUUAGCCCUCUCCAGCUACAAUAAGUUCAACAACAACUGCUACCGGGAUGCGCUCAUAACCAGCAGCAUCAAUUGCCUGACCAGCUUUCUGGCCGGAUUCGUUAUCUUUUCGGUGUUGGGCUAUAUGGCCAACGUGCAGAAGACAUCGAUAGACAAGGUGGGCUUGGAGGGACCCGGCCUGGUUUUCAUCGUGUAUCCAGAGGCUAUUGCCACCAUGAGCGGCUCGGUCUUUUGGAGCAUUAUAUUCUUCUUAAUGCUCAUCACGCUGGGACUGGACAGCACCUUUGGCGGCCUGGAGGCGAUGAUAACGGCCCUCUGCGACGAGUAUCCACGUGCGAUCGGGCGAAGGCGAGAGCUGUUCGUGCUCCUCCUGCUCGCCUUCAUCUUCCUGUGCGCGCUGCCCACAAUGACCUAUGGUGGCGUGGUCUUGGUUAACUUUUUGAAUGUGUACGGACCCGGCCUGGCCAUACUCUUCGUGGUGUUUGUCGAAGCGGCUGGCGUCUUCUGGUUCUACGGCGUUGAUCGCUUCAGCGCGGAUGUGGAGCAGAUGCUGGGCGCCAAGCCGGGGAUUUUCUGGCGCAUCUGUUGGACGUACAUAAGCCCCGUGUUUCUGCUGACCAUCUUUAUAUUCUCGAUACUAGGCUAUAAGGAAAUGCUGGGCGAGGAGUUCUACUAUCCGCCGUGGAGCAUCCAGGUGGGCUGGGCCGUGACCUGCUCGUCGGUGCUGUGCAUACCCAUGUACAUGAUCUACAAGUUCUUCUUCGCGUCGAAGGGCAAGUGCCAGGAGCGACUGCAGCAGUCGUUUAAACCAGAUGCCAGCUGUGGCUCGGCUGUGCCUGGCCAGCAGGGCACUUCGGUGUGACAUGACAAUGCUGUGCAUUUGAAUAUACACACCAGCAGCACCAGCAUCAACAUUUAUAGUUUAAACUGCAGGGCUUAUUCACCAACAACAACAACAACAACAACAACAACAACAAACAAAGCAACAACAAAUACGGAAGUGAUCAACAACAAGGUGCUGAACCUCCACAGUUACUACGCUUAUCACACAAAUGUUAGUUAUACAGAGGCGGACGGCAGUGCAGAGGAUGCAGAGAAGAGGGAACCAUUCCCGAAAGCACAGCCAAGUGCACGGAAUGGGAACGGUGUUAAUGCAUGUAGUCUUAGCCAUAGUCUUAGUCUCGGCUCGGCCAACGAGAAGUGCUAUUACAGCAACCCAACAACUGCUCCCGAGGACAAUAACUGCGCGCUAAGGAUCAGCAGCUGCAAGCCACUCAAGUUUCCGCUAGCCAGCGAGUGGUUGGUCUGAGGAUGAAAUCCCCCCAAAGAGGAGUCAUCUGGAAAUGCUUCGCAAACAGCCAUUUGCAGAGCAUUUCGGGCCACCUGCUUUUCUCUCGUUUUCUAUUUAUCUUUAAUCUUUAUAAUCGAUUAUAAUUGUUAUUGUAAUUGUAUAACAAUCCCUAGGGCACAACUGUUUGAACUAGCCAAGUGUGCCACGUGCUCGCCUACCCCUAAUUGCAGAGUUCUAAAAUCACUUGAAAUGCUUCUUAAUAUACUUAAUAUAACUAGUUAUUGUAAUACAUUAGGAAAACAAAAUGAAUGAGCUCGAGCUGAAGCUUCGAUAAUUAUACAAUAUAAUGUGGAAGCGCAUCUUUAACAAAUGCUUUUACUGGCAGACCAGAUAACAGUAGAAUUGCUAUGCAAAAUAACAGUUUGCUUUCAGCAUCUUAAGCAUACCCUGUGCAAUGGUUACAUGGACGGAUCUCACAGAUAACCCAAUUGAAUGCCUCCGUUUAGCUGCAAAAACAAUUGUGGAACAGCCAUCCAGAAUUGUUUUUGUAAAAUGUAUUCCUACUUAAAUAUAAUAUUUAUAGAGUACCUAGACAAAAUAAAUAUAAAUAAACUAUUAA